CUUUAAAGUGAAUCACUGAAUCGAUAAGAUUUUAGAUGUCUGAACCGAAACAGAGCAAAAAAUGGAACACAUAACAGCAAGCGAAGUUGCAGGCUUUGGAGUUGGUACUUUGUUACUGUGUGCUACAAUCGCUGCACCCAAAGUUGAUGCUUUCAUCUCUGCUUCACAAAGAAGUUCAUUGGGCUUGUGCAAGAGAUGUGGUGGUCUACAGGUGAUAGCAUGCUCAAGAUGUAGAGGAACUGGAUUAAUCAAAACAAAUGGACCAUUCAGUUUUAGCCUUAUCGAUUAUUUGUAUCAGUCCGAGGAAUUUAAGGUAAAAUCUGUUGAAUGUACAAAAUGUCAAGCUAGAGGUCACUUCAGCUGUCCUGGUUGCUCUAAUACAUCUACAGAUACAUAUAUGAUUAUGACAUAUGAUUAUUAUCCACUUGCAGCAUAUUUUUCCACCACAAAUUCGUUUUCUUUCUUUGGUUGAACUCGAUUCUAAUCACAUCCCAACCCAA